GCGUGACUGAGGAGUGUCUGUUAAACGGGGAGGGGCUAAACGAGGGCCUGCCUCGCCCGCCUGGCGCUUCUCUAGCUUUGCUCCGAGGUAACGCGCUACCUGCGCUGUCUCGGAAUCUGAGGGCGAAUAAACGGCUUUUUGUAGCCUCUUGCGGGAUUUUUUUUUAGGCUCCGUGUUUCACAGCAGCGUCAAAUGAGAUUUAAUAUUAUCCUAUUGUGAAUGAGAUUUAGUUUACUUUACUGGCCUCUGUCUGUCCUAGUAAUCAUUCAGCGUGAAAGGACAAGAUAGAUAGGAAAGCCCCCUGUAAUGGCCCUGUCAUAGCAAUAGAGCCUGGUGGCGCAGCAGACUAAUAGCCUGUUAUUAUCAUUCAGCUGCCUGCAAUUACUGCUAGUUUGAAUCUCCCCAGGCUCAAGGUUGACCUUCCAUCCUUUCUAAGCUAAAAGGAGUGACCAAGAAUUGAAGGAUGAAGAGAUGGAGUUGUUUACAAAAUACUACUUGGAAUGGAAAGGAGGAAGAAAAAGUGCCAGUGCGUCUUAUGUGAACAUACCACGAUUUUAUUACAGGCUGCCAGCAGAAGAUGAAAUAUUGUUACAAAAAUUAAGAGAAGAAUCUAGAGCAGUCUUUUUGCAGAGAAAAAGUAGAGAAUUGCUAGACAAUGAAGAAUUGCAGAAUUUGUGGUUUCUCUUGGAUGAACAUCAGACACCACCUAUGAUGGGGGAUGAAGCAAUGAUUAACUAUGAAAACUUCUUGAAAGUUGGUGAAAAAGCUGGAUCCAAGUGCAAGCAAUUCUUCACAGCUAAAAUUUUUGCUAAAUUACUUCAUAAUGAUCCCUAUGGAAGAAUAUCUAUCAUGCAGUUUUUCAAUUAUGUCAUGAGAAAAGUAUGGCUGUACCAGACAAGAAUAGGCCUCAGUUUAUAUGAUGUGGCUGGACAAGGUUACCUCAGAGAAUCAGAUUUAGAAAAUUAUAUAUUGGAACUCAUUCCCACUUUGCCACAGUUGGACGGUUUAGAAAAAUCCUUUUACUCUUUUUAUGUAUGCACUGCUGUCAGAAAAUUUUUCUUCUUUUUAGAUCCUCUCAGAACUGGGAAGAUAAAAAUACAGGAUAUUUUAGCCUGCAGCUUCCUAGAUGACUUACUAGAGUUACGUGAUGAAGAACUUUCUAAAGAAAGUCAAGAAACAAAUUGGUUUUCUGCUCCUUCUGCUUUGAGGGUUUAUGGCCAAUAUUUAAAUCUUGACAAAGAUCACAACGGCAUGCUUAGCAAAGAAGAAUUGUCUCGAUAUGGAACAGGGACACUAACUAACAUCUUUUUGGAUCGGGUCUUCCAGGAGUGUCUGACCUAUGAUGGAGAAAUGGACUAUAAGACGUACUUGGACUUUGUACUUGCAUUAGAAAACAGAAAGGAACCUGCAGCUUUGCAGUAUAUUUUCAAAUUGCUUGAUAUAGAGAACAAAGGAUACCUGAAUGUCUUUUCCCUUAAUUAUUUUUUUAGGGCUAUUCAAGAACAAAUGAAAAUCCAUGGACAAGAUCCAGUUUCUUUUCAAGAUGUGAAGGAUGAAAUCUUUGAUAUGGUAAAACCUAAGGAUCCUUACAAGAUUUCACUUCAAGAUUUAAUCAAUAGUAGUCAAGGAGAUACAGUCACUAGUAUUUUAAUUGAUCUUAAUGGCUUCUGGACUUAUGAAAACAGAGAAGUUCUUGUGGCCAGUGAUAAUGACAGUACAACAGAUCUUCUUGAUACAUGAUUUAACAGUAAUAGAUUGUAUUAUUGGAGAUAUGCCCAACUGAUACAGUGACUGCUUGAGGCUGAAUAGCAAAUUCAUUGCACAUUUCACUGAAGUUUCCAUCUAACUCCAGAUGGACAUCUUUUAAAAAAAAUUUUUUUUGAAAUGAACCUCAGUUGAGGUUUUGAAGACCUGUUAUUAAAUGUUAAAAAGAGCUGUUGGUAAAUUAAUGUUUAUUUAAAUCAUUUCAGAACCUAUAGUAGCAAUCCAUACUGCAUUUAAACAAGUUAUAUCCUUCAGAAAUUUUCUGAAAUAUUUCAGUUUUGUACUGUUGAAUGACCUUUGCUAAAACAAUUCAAAAUCUGUUAUGUUUCUCUGUGUGUCAUUACAAAUGUUCAACCUAAUUCUGAAAAUUAACAAGUAAAUAGUACCUGUCAGCUGGCCAUAUUGAUGAAGUCAAAUAACAGUCAUUUCCACAGAAGACUAAUAUAUCAAGCAGCUAUGUGUAUAAGUCAGUCUCCCCAACCAGUUGUCAUUUAGAAGUGUUGAACUUAGUUGUAGCAAUAUGGCUCUGUUAUCUGUUUAGAUCCCAUGUUAAAGAAUGUUGAUAUAAAAUUCCAAAAAUACAAACCAUGGUAAGUUAAAAUGCUUGGUAUGUAUUGUCAUUUUGCCUGUAUUGGGCAGUUUUUUAAACUGUCUUAAACUUACUAUGUUCUAGUAAAUUUUGGUUUCCCUAAGCUUUAAAGAUGAGUGACACAAUAAAUCUAAGACUAGGUAAAGUGCUGUUAUGAAAUGUAAAAUGAUGGUGCAUAAAUAAGCUAGGAGAAUAAGUAUGGCAUGUUUUACAAACACACUGGAAGCCUUGAGUGUCUAAAUAUGUAAUAGCAAUAAACAGAAUACAGUUUUUUUAAAAAAA